CACACACACACACACACACACACACGCACACACAGAGCUGCUGCCAGAGACGCCCACAGGAAUGACUGAACAAACAUCAGAGUCCUGCAGCAGAGUGUGUCAGUAGUCCUCUGGUCGUCUCUCAGGUGUCCUCAGGUGUCCUCAGUCAUGAUGUCAUUGGCCUCCCUCUCUCUCCGUCUCCGCGUCGCUGGUUGCCAAGGAAGCAGGCGCUCCGUGGCAACCGUCGUCUCUGGCAACAAGACAUCCAAGAUGGUGAGGCAGCGGCUGAAGAAGGAGGUGGAGGAGAUGAAGAACGUCUUCUCAGGGUUCAGACCUGGUCUGGUGGUUCUACAGGUGGGAGACAGAGACGACUCCAACCUUUACAUCAGCACCAAACUGAAGGCUGCAGCCGAGAUUGGAAUCGAUGCCAAACACCUCAGGCUGCCGAAUACGUCCACACAGGACGAGGUCCUGCAGAACAUCCUGUCUGUCAACGACAACCUGUCCGUCCACGGUCUGAUCGUCCAACUUCCUCUGGACUCCGUGAACUCCAUGGACACUGAACGCAUCACCAACGCCGUCUCUCCAGAGAAAGACGUGGAUGGUCUGAGUUGUAUUAACGCAGGGAAGUUGUCUCGAGGUGACCUGAACGACUGUUUCAUCCCCUGUACACCCAACGGCUGCAUGGAGCUCAUCAGACAGACAGGCAUGUCUGUGGCGGGGAAACACGCAGUGGUGAUUGGUCGCAGUAAGAUUGUUGGAGCGCCGAUGCAUGACCUGCUGCUGUGGAACCACGCCACCGUGACCACCUGUCACUCCAAGACCCCUGACCUACCCAAACAGGUGGGCCGGGCUGACAUCCUGGUGGUGGGGGCGGGGCGAGCGGAGAUGGUGAGAGGAGAGUGGGUGAAGGAGGGCGCCGUGGUCAUCGACUGUGGAAUCAACCACGUACCAGAUGAGACGAAGGCGAGCGGUAAACGGGUCGUCGGAGACGUCCACUACGAUUCAGCCUAUCAGAGAGCAGGAUUCAUCACCCCUGUUCCAGGAGGGGUGGGGCCGAUGACGGUGGCCAUGCUCAUGGAGAACACGGUGCAGAGCGCUCAGCGGUUCCUCCUGAAGAACCACAGGAGGUGAAACUCUGAAGCAGGACGAAGAGCAAACAGUCUUUGACCUUUAAACUCCACUGGCUGUUUGGAGGCCGUCGUCAUGGAAACAGCAGCAGAGACAUCCCAUCUGUUUCCUGCUGAUGUCAACAGGAAGUGAUCAAACACCUGAUCGAUGUAUCAGAGUUUUUUUUAAUGUUUAUGAGCUCUGUGUUUGUAAACAACCUGACGAUCAAUAAAGUUUCGGUUUCACCUGAACAAACGUCAAGAUUUGAUUUAUAUAUUUAUGUUUUUCUACUUGAUGAGACGAAGAAUCCAGAUGUUGACAACAACAAACCAACAGAUGUGUAAACAAUAAGAACAAUAAAUCAUGUGAUCUGUGUUUUAUAAAAAUGUUUCAAUGAAUAAUAAAGUUGGAGCUGAUGUUUGUCACACUGUGUCAUAUAAAUAAAGUUAAUUAUCAUAUCAAAGCCUCCUCUUCCUCAUGUCUGAAGAUAAUCAGAUGUUUGAUUGACAGCUGUGUGAUGUCAUCAGAGCCUCAGUCAUUAAUUAAGUUGAUUGACGAGUGUGACGGUCGCUUUAAUUGGUUCCUGGAGUAACCGAGCGACUGGCUGCAGCCUGACUCUGCUGUCACGUCUCAUUUGCCUCCUCUCUGAUGUCACCUGAUCUGAUCUGUUUUAUUUCUCUUCUGAUUGUUGACGAUGAAAAUGUUUUGAUUGAUAAACACUGACAUCAUGAUUAUUCAGAUAUAUUUUCAUCUUCUGCACUCUGCAGGUGACG